AUAAUAACAACUUUUUUUCACCCAUUUAUCUUUUCUUCAUUCACACCCGCAGAACUUUAUAAUAAUUGUACAGUGCUGGUCACUUUCAAGAUCAACCACAGUUGAUUUUCAUUUAUUAAUAGAGAAGAGACGACACUUCCAAUAAUGGUACGUACAGAAGAAUGGAUAUCCAAAGUCUAUCGAUACCUCGUAGAUUCCAGUUGCUGACUGCAGCUAUAGGCUUCUUCAACAGCUACCGCAACACCUUCACGACUUAAUACCUUUGACCGACCACCCGUACGAACUGACUUUGAAAAGCGUGUUGAUGAUGUUAAACCAAUGAAGAGGUAUGAAUCCAAUUCUCAUUUCACACCCUGGUGCUUCAUCAAGCUCCAUCCUUGGCAAUCUUUAUAUGAUGACUAUCAUCAACUGGGAAUCUCUCCUAAAAAUUACGCAUGCGGAGAACAAAAUUAGUUGUUAACUGAUAUAAUGCCACUCUUAUCAAUUUGGCUGUCGCCCAAUCCGACACGACUCGAUAAAGAUCCAAGCUAAUCUUCUAUUCAUCAAUAGUGACAUCAAUGCUCUGAUUUUAGAUUAUCUCACAACUGAAGGUUACCCAUCUGCCGCCGCAAGGUUCUCCAAAGAAGCCAAUCUUAAGCCACAACAAGAAGAAGAGUCUGUCAAAGCUCGCCAAGCUAUUCAACACUCCAUCCACUUGGGAAGUAUACAAGAUGCCAUAGAGGCACUGAAUGAACUAGAACCUCAGGUUAGUCUCAUGUCUCUUUGAUUCUAUCUACUUCCUUGCGAUGAUUAUACAAGUUUCAUGCACCACUCAUAUAGCCUUCGGGUCGUUGAUGAGAUACAAUACCAUACUUCAGUCCUCAGUAUGAGCAAAUUUACAAGCAACCAUCAUUCUUGUUCAUUAUACGUCCGUAGAAUCAUCGCUAAGUUUAUGAAUAGGUUCUCGAAAACAACCCAGCCCUCCAUUUCUCGCUGUUACGAUUACAACUAGUUGAGCUCAUACGGAGUUGUAAUGCAACUCCAGGCAGUGAUAUCACUCCCGCCCUGAACUUUGCGACUACUCAACUUGCGCCUCGAGCGCCAGCUAAUCAGGAAUUCUUGGAAGAUCUUGAAAGGACAAUGGCUUUACUGAUUUUUCCUUCGGAUAAUUUGGAGCCUCAAUUAGCUGCUCUAUUACAUCCUGAUCUUAGAAGGUCUGUAGCAGAUAAAGUGAACAAAGCUAUACUGCAGUCUCAAAAUAAACGUCGAGACGCAGCAAUUAGAGAUCUUGUUCAUCUACGUGCCUGGGCUGAGAACAGUGCACGAGAUGCAAAAAAAGCAAUACCAGAUUCCAUCGGACUGGGUCUAGAUGGGGAUAAUGAUGAUGACCGUGGUGAUGAUGAUGAUAACAUACAUGGGAAUGGAUCCCAUGCACACGAAGCAAUGAUGAUGACGUGAAUGAACUAAAGGAUUGGUUGUAUUUGGCGUUUGGGUUCCCGCCAGUUUUAUUAUACCCUUUUCGAAGUUGAUUCACAUAGAACAUCUUCACCAUGGCAGGGGACGGAAUUGUUGUUUUAGCUACAGGAACAGUUAAUUAUGCUUUCAUAGGAGAUCCGGAUAUCGGACUCUUCAAUCAAUAUAAACCUGAUUUAAUACACAAGGCU